GCCUUGAAGGGGGACGUGGUGGAGGAGGAGGAGGUGGAGGAGGAGGAGGUGGAGGAGGAGGAGGAGGUUGCUAAAGGUGUGGGGGAUCAUGCAGAGUGUGUUGACGCAUCGCAUAGGAGAGGCUGAUCUGCUUCUUGGCGAGCAUAUCUACUCAUGGAGGAAAUGUUACUUAUACUCUCAUCAUGGUAUUUACGCUGGAGAUGGCCGAGUAAUCCAUUUUGUCAAUCCUGAGGAGGAGAUGGCGGCAUUCUGCAGCUCUUCAUCGUCUUCUCUCCUGAAGAUAAAUCAGGAGGCAUGCCCAGACUGCAGGGCUGCUUUCAGGUCAGCGACCGAAGGAGGUAACACCGUAAUGGAGACGUGUUUGCCGUGUUUUCUAAAGGGUGGGGAAUUGUACAGAUACCAGUAUGGAGCCAACAAGCUGUUUUUCUUAUCGAGAUUGAGAAGGGGCACGUGCACCAUGGCGGAAUCAGAUGGCGGAGUAAAGGUUCUGCACAGAGGGAGGUACCUUUUGGAACAUGGCUUUGGAAAAUACGAUCUGCGGAACCACAGCUGUGAAGAUUUUGCAUUGUAUUGCAAAACUCGCAAACUGCUGAAGAAGGGUGCCGGGGAGGCGAUUUUCGUGAAUGGCUCAUCUCUUGCAGUCCUUAUGGUCGUUAUGGGAGCACACGCCGGAAGUUUUUUGACAUCAAGCGCUGCGUGUGCAGUUGGUCUAACUGCUGGCCUCCUCAAGUUUCGCUAUGACCAUGAUAUUGCGGUUAAUGAAGACGUAGUAGAUGUAGAAGAGCUGGUGAGAAGUCUAGGGGGGGGACCACCAUCUGCAACCACAGAGCCACAGAGCGGAAUUCCGGGCGGGGUGAGUGCCCGGCAAUCGCCGACACGUCAACAACGACAGCAAAGGGCAGCGAUGGGCGAAGACCGGGGCUUAGGGGUGGCUACCGUAAUAUGGGAAUACGGAUCCCCGACGGGGAGGAGGGAAGGUAGACAGGCAGGGAGUGCCAAUGCCAUGAGGGACACGACCGGUAAUUGUUCGCCCAACAUGGCGGGUGUGAGUUCGGAUGGCGCGGGCGAAGGGUUGGCGGCGGGCUUGGACGGGGAGAACUCCGACUGCGAUGGUGAUGACGGACCGACAGCCGAUUCAUCGACGAACCCGGGUGGAGGUGCGCAUGGUCGGACCACCGCGAGACCUGCAUGUGGUACCCGGAAGAAGGGGGAGAAGUCUACAACCCAACCCAAGAAGAACAACCUUUGGACUCUGGAAGAGCCAAUAGCCCUGGCGAGGAUCAGCGGCGAGGAUGACACCCUCAUGGCCGAUGCGGAGGGCGCUCAACAGCACAUGACAAGGACAAGGAGGUAUGAGUGGAUCGCGGACGGCCUGGCAGACCAGGGUUAUUCGAGGACAGGGGAGGAUUGUAGGAAGAAGUGGGCAGAGUUCCAGAAGAAGGUGAGGGAGAUUCGUGACGCCUGCAGUGGCUCUGGCAAGCCGGGGUACUUCGACAUCACUACGGAGGAGAGGAAGACAUUGGGGAUACCCCUGGCGUUUGAGAAGCCGUUGUGGGACGCCAUGGAGUGGUACCGAAAGAAGGCUUCCCUCAAUUGCGACAAUACGAUGGCGUCGGAGGACUUGAGGGGGACUGGAUCGAGAGGAUCAGCGAGCGAGGCAAGUUCCGAAGGUGGGGGGACAGAACCCACCGGGAGUGCAGCGAAGACAAGGCGAACCGCAACUGGAAAAGUUCGUGGAGGUGAGUCAUCGUCCUACAUGUUCGGCAUAACUUCGGUGAUGGAGGAAUCCACCCGGUCUCUCUGCGAGGGCCUGGACAAGGCUGGCGGGAACAUGGCACGUGCCACGACAGAAGGUGCUGCGCUCAUGGCAACGAAGAUGGGAGAUAUGGCGACAGAGAUCGGGGUUGUGGCGGGGGCGAUGCGGCAAGGGAAUAGUGUGUUCGAGAUGAUGGUCGGGGUGAUGGCAAGUAGAGGGGCAGGGACACAGACCUGUCGACGAAGUAGGGCAUUGCGGGCCGCUGUUGACAUCGAUGCCGCCUUGGGCUUCAACAACCGUCUCCUCUCUCAUUUCGUGUUCUACGUGACGAAGACUGGAUCCAUCGUUCCGGACGAUUGGACGCACCUGCAGGUAGACAUCGUCGGCGACAUCGUCGAGAACCUCAUCCAGAACUUGGUGAUAGAGCACGCUUCGCGGUUGGAUAACAGAGCGUUUUACUACACGUUCUUCGAGAAGCCGCUCGUCGGUCGCGGGUACCUUCACGGCGAGGUCCGUGCGUAGCUUCGGGUGCGUGUUCUGAUUGUCGUCAUCUUCGCAGGAGGAAGGUGGCGAUGGAUUGGGGUUUUGUUUUGUGGUC